AUGGCCACCCUCUCCGAUGAGACUCUGCGAAAGGUCCUCUCCUCAUCCAAUUACCCACCGCAAGCUACGGCCGUACAGUCCCAAAGGGCGCUCAAUCUUUCCAAGCAGCAGAUCGCGGCCAAAGAACGCGAGCGGCGCAUCUUGCAACUGACAAUUGAGGAGAUUACCUCCCUCAAGGAAGAUGUCAACCUAUACAAGGGUGUAGGAAAGAUGUUCAUGAUGGUUCCACGUCCUACCAUGGAGAAAGAGCUGAAAGGGGAGGAGAAGGACCUCACCGAUGACAUCAACAAUCUGGCCAAGAAGUCAAAAUAUUUGGAGAAACAAUUCAACGACGCGCAAGGGCAGCUCCGCGAUAUCUUCCAUAAUUCAUCCUCUCAACAGUAG